CAUCCAAUUCUACCCUUUUCAUCAAAACUUCACUAGCUCUUAUAUAUAUACACAUAUAUAAAUAUAACCAACUCACUACCAAUAAGUUCUCCUCAACACUCCCAACUUAUAUAAUCUCACCAUUCAAAAACCCUAACUAGCUAUAUUCUCUCUAUUUUGACUCAAAACAAAUAUGAAACUAAAGAGCUCUCAUCAUCACCAUUGUUUGAUUCUUUCUUUGAUAAUAAUUUCUUGUUAUUUUGUGGCUGAAAUUCAUGGCAAAAGGCAAGCCAAAUCUCUCAUCCAUUUGAGCAAAGCUUUCUCAAAACGAAAAGCUGGAGUGGACACCAACCUUUUCGCUGUUGAUCAAAGCAAUGUAGUCAAUCAUCAUGAUCUUCACGAUCAUGAUGAUGACGAGAAAUUUUUGAAGGAGAAUGAUAGAAUUGGAAGAUUGCCGGGGCAACCGAAUGUGAAUUUUACUCAGUAUGGUGGAUAUGUUACGGUAAAUAAAACAGCGGGUCGUUCGCUCUAUUAUUAUUUUGUCGAAGCUCACUAUAAUAAGGAUUCAUUACCUCUUCUUCUUUGGCUCAAUGGAGGACCUGGUUGUUCUUCACUAGCCUAUGGAGCAAUGCAAGAGUUGGGACCAUUCAGAGUUCAUAGUGAUGGCAAAUCACUUUACUCCAACAGAUAUUCUUGGAAUUAUGCUGCAAAUGUAUUGUUCCUUGAAUCACCAGCUGGGGUAGGAUUUUCAUACUCAAACACAACAUCUGAUUAUGACAAAAGUGGAGAUGCUAACACAGCAGCUGAUAAUUAUUUAUUUUUGGUCAAAUGGUUGGAAAGAUUUCCAGAAUACAAAAACAGAGAUUUUUACAUUUCUGGAGAAAGCUAUGCUGGUCAUUAUGUCCCUCAAUUGGCUCAUACAAUUCUCUACCACAACAAUAAUAAUAAUAAUACCAACAACACCAUUAUCAACCUCAAAGGAAUCCUUAUUGGAAAUGCAGUGAUUAAUGAUGAAAGUGAUGAAAGAGGAAUGUAUGAGUACAUGGGAUCACAUGCUUUGAUAUCAGAUAAAUCAGCCAAUACCAUUAAAAAUCACUGUGACUUCUCACCUAAGGCAGCUCAGUCAACUGAGUGUGAUAUUGCCAUGGAAGAGGUCAAUAAAGACACUUAUUAUCUUGAUAUUUAUAAUAUCUAUGCUCCUCUUUGUACUUCCACAAAUCUCACUUCAAAGCCCAAAUCAGCUUCGGUGAUGAAUUUUGAUCCAUGUAGCGAUUACUACGUGCAUGCAUAUUUGAACAGAAGAGAUGUUCAAAUAGCCAUGCAUGCAAACGUAACAAAGCUUCCAUAUGAUUGGGAGCCAUGCAGUGAUGUGAUCCAAGGAUGGGCUGACAGUCCACACACUGUCUUACCACUUCUACGUGAGUUCAUGUCUAAUGGUCUUCGAGUUUGGAUUUUUAGUGGUGACAUAGAUGGAAGAGUGCCUGUUACUUCAACCAUUAACUCACUCAAACUCAUGAACCUCACUGUUAAGACUCAAUGGCAUCCUUGGUACUUCGAUGGAGAGAUUGGUGGAUAUACAGAAGUGUAUAAAGGAGAGUUAACAUUUUCGACAGUGAGAGGAGCUGGUCAUCAAGUCCCAAGUUACCAACCUCGUAGAGCUCUUUCACUCAUCAAACACUUCCUUGAUGGCACUGAUCUUCCUGAUACCACAAGAUAUGAUUAAUUGUUUAUUAGUCUUAUCAUAGAAAUAAUUAAUUGUAAUAAGUUCAUAAUUAAUUAUUUCACUUCGCUUAAUUAUAGAAUAUAUAGUUUAUUAA